ACUUUCUUAUAACAAAAAGCCAAAGAUUCCUCUGUAGCUAUCUUUCAUCAAAACUGUGUUCUUCUUCUUUCUUCCUUCAAAGCUUUUCAUUAUCAUGUCUUCACUUUCAGAUCUCAUCAAUUUUAACCUUUCAGAUUCCACAGAAAAAAUCAUUGCUGAAUACAUAUGGAUUGGUGGAUCUGGCAUAGACAUUAGAAGCAAAGCCAGGACUCUACCUGGACCAGUGACUGACCCUGCAAAACUUCCCAAGUGGAACUAUGAUGGGUCUAGCACAGAUCAAGCACCUGGGAAAGAUAGUGAAGUUAUUUUAUAUCCACAAGCUAUUUUCAAGGACCCAUUCAGGAGAGGGAAUAAUAUUCUUGUGAUUUGUGAUGUUUACACCCCAGCUGGAGAACCAUUACCAACUAACAAGAGAUACAAUGCUGCCAAAAUUUUCAGUCACCCUGAUGUUGCUGCUGAAGUACCAUGGUAUGGUAUUGAGCAAGAGUACACUUUAUUACAGAAAGAUAUCAAUUGGCCUCUAGGUUGGCCUAUUGGUGGCUACCCAGGACAACAGGGUCCAUAUUACUGUGGAAUUGGUGCUGAUAAAGCUUAUGGACGUGACAUUGUUGAUGCACAUUACAAAGCAUGUCUUUUUGCUGGCAUCAACAUUAGUGGAAUCAAUGGAGAGGUUAUGCCUGGUCAGUGGGAAUUUCAAGUUGGCCCUUCUGUUGGUAUCUCUGCUGGAGAUGAAAUAUGGGCUGCUCGUUACAUUCUAGAGAGGAUUACAGAGAUUGCUGGAGUUGUUGUUUCAUUUGACCCAAAGCCUAUUCCGGGAGAUUGGAAUGGAGCUGGGGCUCAUGCAAACUUCAGCACCAAAUCAAUGAGAGAAGAUGGAGGCUAUGAGGUCAUCAAGAAGGCCAUUGAAAAGCUUGGAUUAAGGCACAAGGAACAUAUUGCAGCAUAUGGAGAAGGAAAUGAGAGACGUCUCACCGGAAAACACGAAACCGCCGAUAUCAACACCUUCUCUUGGGGUGUGGCAAACCGUGGAAGUUCAAUUAGGGUUGGAAGAGACACAGAAAAAGAAGGGAAAGGUUACUUUGAGGAUAGAAGGCCAGCUUCCAACAUGGACCCCUAUGUGGUCACUUCCAUGAUUGCUGAAACCACCAUUCUAUGGAAGCCAUGAUUUUCCAACAACCACUUGUCUUUGGAUUUACACCACGACAUUUAAUGAGUCCAAUGCCCAUUUAUAUAUUAAUCUAGUUUAUAUCUAAUAUUAAUGUUAUAAUAAAAAUAAUAAUAAUAAAUAUCUACUAUUAUGGAAAAGUGUUGCUUCAUUAGAAGUAAUUUUCAAGUGAUCUUUAAGUUUAAGCUAAGAGUAUUUGGUCCAUGUAUUUGGACAUGGAUUACAAUAAUUUUAUCAUUAAUAACAUGUGGUGCUUCUUGAGUUCUCUAUUUGAA